UCCACUCGUGCAUUUGAACAGGGCUUUACGAUGUCCAACUGCACGCUCAACCUCACCGACCCCAUCCUGACUCUACAAAAAGUCACGUCCAUUCCUAUGUUUGUGCUCGGGAUCCUGGGAAACAUCUAUGUGUUAGUGAAGUUCUGCCGGCGUCCCAAAACCCAAUGGACCUACAUGAACAUCUACAUCUCCAACAUGGUCGCCGCCGACUGCGCCCUAUUGAUCUUCCUGCCUGUUAAGAUCCAUUACUACAACCGGGAACUGGCAGGCGGUUUACAGAAACUCUGCAAUUUCGUUUUGUCGCUUUAUUACAUCAACAUGUACGUCAGCAUCUUCACUAUCACCGCCAUAAGUGUCGUACGAUACGUCGCUAUUAAGUAUCCGAUGAAAGCCAGGGAAAUUUUCUCCUGUCGAAGUGCUCUGGUGGUUUGCGCCGUCAUAUGGGUUACCAUUUGCUCCAUCAGUCCUGUUUACUUCGUAACUGACUCUAGUAACGAUAAGACCAUGUGCUUCCAGAGGGUCAAGCAAACCUUGUCGCUACAUUUCAUUUUACUGCUAAUUAUCGUCGGGUUUGUAUUGCCAUUUCUAAUCAUGCUUUACUGCUCGGCAAGAGUCAUUCACACUCUACGAAAACAACUGGACGUCGGAUCACGUUCAGAAAAGCUCCAAUGCAUGUUUAUCAUCAUGGCUAAUUUAAUCGUGUUCAUCAUAUGCUUCUUUCCGGUUCAUUUGGGUUACGUUGUUAAAUACAUUGUGCAAAAGGAGUAUGCAGAUCAGCUGGAUAACUACAGCUGCGAUUCGAAACUAAUAGCGCACAAUUUCCUGCACAGCGCAUUUUGCUUGUCGGAUAUGAACUGCGGUUUGGACUGCUUUAGCUACUUUUUUGCCACCAAAACGUCAUGGAACAUGUGCUGCACAAGUCAAGCCAAAAACGAAGAGAGUAGAUAUAACACAGUAUCAGAUUCUGAUGGCAAGUCUUAACCCUUGUGUACUGUUCAAACUGACUACCCUUUUGUUAUGUUGGGGGCUGUUUUUGCCCCAUUGACUUCCACCAACAAUCAAAAGCAGGGAUGGGCAAACUCGAUCCUGGAGGGCCGGUGUCCCUGCAUAGUUUUGCACCAACCCUAAUCAAACACACCUGCUUGUAGCUUUCUAGUGAUCUUGAAGACACUAAUUAGGGUGUUCAGGUGUGUUUGAUUAGAGUUGGAGCAAAACUCUGCAGGGACACCGGCCCUCGAGGAUCGAGUUUGCCCAUGCCUGAUCAAGAGUAUAUGAUUAUUUGCUGUCAUGGCUUAACAAUCAAAAAAAUGUCAUUAUAAUGGACGUCAAUGGGGCAAAAACAGCCCCCAACAUAACAAAAGAGUAGUCAAUUUGAGUGUAUUGUUGAAUAUUUGAACAUUUUCAAGGCAUUUUUUCCAAAAUAUGUGUCAAAAUAAGUUUUGUUACCAAAAAUUACUCCAUUUGCUGAAACACAGAGGAAGUUGUGGCCAAAUUAAGACUCAAAAUCACCCCAUACUGGAUGAAAACAACUCGAUAGCACAUAAGGGUUAAUUGUUUUUGCUAACUUUUAACUGUUCUUUUGUAAAAACUGUUCUCAUAACAAAUGGUUGCUAUAAUAAAUGUUUCUGCUCUUCACUCUUGAACUUUAGAUAUGUUUAGUUAUGAUUUCCUUGAAGGAUUGUUUGAUAUUUUGGGAUCCUGGUGGGUAGCCAACCUGUUAAGAGCUAGAUAUCAUUUCCCAAAACACUGCUACGACCCUAAAGU